AUGGAAGCACCCCAGGGUGGGAAGAACAUUGGGGACAACAGGGAGGUUCGAUACAGGGGGAUUCGGCGGAGACCGUGGGGGAAGUUUGCGGCGGAGAUUCGUGAUCCGAUGAGGAACGGAGCGCGGUUGUGGCUUGGAACAUUCGAGACGGCUGAAGAGGCUGCAAGGGCUUAUGACAGGGCUGCUUAUGCUUUUCGGGGUCACUCGGCUAUCCUCAACUUCCCGAACGAAUGCCAAUAUCAGAAUCCGACAUUGCCUCCGCCAUCUUCGGCUUCAUCAUCCACACGAGGACGUAAAACGGAAGUUAUUGAAUUUGAGUACCUGGACAACAAGUUGUUGGAGGAUCUUCUUGAAACGCAAGAAGAUAGGCAACGAUUAUAG